GGCGCGCGCGCGGCGCCCGGCGCGGCCCGCCCGGCCGGCCGCGCCCGCCGCGCGGCGACAUGGGCGAGCGGCCCGACCACGGCAACAACAUGGCAGACUCUUUCCCGAGCGCAGAAGACUGGGACAACGAGGAGUGGUCAGGAUCUCUGUCGGACACCAAGGUGUUCACGCCCAGCACCGCGCCCGGCGGCGAGGACGCGCCCGCCCCUGUCACCACGCAGGAGGAGUGCUGGGACACGCCCGCGGCGAACGGCGCUGAGCACAUCCCCAGCUACAGCUACAGUCGCCUGCCCGAGCCCAGGCCGCCCGUUUUGCAGCCUACGAUCAGCCAGGCGUCGCACGCGGCGGCGCCCAGCGCCUCGCCCGCGCCCGCCGCGCCGCCCGCCGAGCCGCAGCCGCCCCGGCACCAGCCAAUGGGCAUGUCGGGGUCGCUGUCCGCGGCGCAGUCGCAGUACCUGUCGCAACUCACCCAGCAAUCGCAACGGCAUGACAACAGUGUAUAUUCGUCAAAUUACGGUGUUUACGGUUCUUCAGACAUAACAAAUCAAAGAAAACCACAACGAGCGCGGGUGCCUCCUCCUUCCAAGAUCCCGUCGUCAGCGGUGGAGAUGCCGGGCGGCGAGGGCGGCGCCAUGUUCCUGGACGUGCAGUUCGGCGCGCUGGAGCCCGAGCUGGCCGAGCCCGCGCCGCCCGCCGCCGCGCCCGCCUCCGCCUCCGCGCCCGCGCCCGCCCCCGCCGCCGCCUCCGCGCCCGCGCCCGCUCAGCCGCCCAAGCCGCUCGCCACGGCGGCGACGGCGGCGCCCGAGCCGGCGCCCGCGCCCGCGCACGAGCCCGCGCCCGAGCCCAGCGUCACGUACGCCAACACCAACAGCAUGUUACCGGAGAGUUUAGCGCCAGAACCAGUCCCCGCACCGGUAGAACCUGCACCGCCACAGCCUAACAGUCUAGAGAAGCAGCUAACGGCCGCCAUGAAGCAGCUGGCCGUGUCCGCCGGCGACGCGCCGCAGGCCGCGCCGCAGCUGCACCGACACAAGGCAAUGGGCCAACAGAACGUGUACGCGCACCACGCCGCGGCGGCGCACCACCCACCGGUAUACGGAGCCAAUGUAUACGCGCCACAGCAGGCAAACUCAACAAACGCGUCGCUAACGUCCGGCAUGUCGGCGCCGGCGUACGGCUCCGCGGCCGCGCUCACGCAGUACCAACCGAUGAUCAACUCCUACCAGCAGACGUCAUCGUCAGCGGGAGUGUACGCGGGCAGUGCGCUAUACACGUACCAGCCCAGUCAACAGGCCAAACUACCCACUAAGGACAACACGCCACAGUAUGACAACUCGGUAGCAUCUAAUAGUAAUAGUUUAACAAGCACGUCAACGACACAGAGCUCAACCGCCAAAGUAGCCACAACCACAGUGAGCGCGGGCGCGAACGCGGGCGCUAACGCGGCGAGCGCGGGCGUGUCGGGCGCCGGCGCGGGCGCGGGCUACGGCGCCGCGCUGUACGGCGGCGUGCAGCCCGCCGGCUACCACUACGACGAGGCGCAGCUCAUCACCAGGACGCUGCCGCACCACAUGGUAUGUAUUGCAGUGAGCGCGGGCGUGUCGGGCGCCGGCGCGGGCGCGGGCUACGGCGCCGCGCUGUACGGCGGCGUGCAGCCCGCCGGCUACCACUACGACGAGGCGCAGCUCAUCACCAGGACGCUGCCGCACCACAUGGUAUGUAUUGCAGUGAGCGCGGGCGUGUCGGGCGCCGGCGCGGGCGCGGGCUACGGCGCCGCGCUGUACGGCGGCGUGCAGCCCGCCGGCUACCACUACGACGAGGCGCAGCUCAUCACCAGGACGCUGCCGCACCACAUGGUAUGUAUUGCAGUGAGCGCGGGCGUGUCGGGCGCCGGCGCGGGCGCGGGCUACGGCGCCGCGCUGUACGGCGGCGUGCAGCCCGCCGGCUACCACUACGACGAGGCGCAGCUCAUCACCAGGACGCUGCCGCACCACAUGGUAUGUAUUGCAGUGAGCGCGGGCGUGUCGGGCGCCGGCGCGGGCGCGGGCUACGGCGCCGCGCUGUACGGCGGCGUGCAGCCCGCCGGCUACCACUACGACGAGGCGCAGCUCAUCACCAGGACGCUGCCGCACCACAUGGUAUGUAUUGCAGUGAGCGCGGGCGUGUCGGGCGCCGGCGCGGGCGCGGGCUACGGCGCCGCGCUGUACGGCGGCGUGCAGCCCGCCGGCUACCACUACGACGAGGCGCAGCUCAUCACCAGGACGCUGCCGCACCACAUGGUAUGUAUUGCAGUGAGCGCGGGCGUGUCGGGCGCCGGCGCGGGCGCGGGCUACGGCGCCGCGCUGUACGGCGGCGUGCAGCCCGCCGGCUACCACUACGACGAGGCGCAGCUCAUCACCAGGACGCUGCCGCACCACAUGGUAUGUAUUGCAGUGAGCGCGGGCGUGUCGGGCGCCGGCGCGGGCGCGGGCUACGGCGCCGCGCUGUACGGCGGCGUGCAGCCCGCCGGCUACCACUACGACGAGGCGCAGCUCAUCACCAGGACGCUGCCGCACCACAUGGUAUGUAUUGCAGUGAGCGCGGGCGUGUCGGGCGCCGGCGCGGGCGCGGGCUACGGCGCCGCGCUGUACGGCGGCGUGCAGCCCGCCGGCUACCACUACGACGAGGCGCAGCUCAUCACCAGGACGCUGCCGCACCACAUGGUAUGUAUUGCAGUGAGCGCGGGCGUGUCGGGCGCCGGCGCGGGCGCGGGCUACGGCGCCGCGCUGUACGGCGGCGUGCAGCCCGCCGGCUACCACUACGACGAGGCGCAGCUCAUCACCAGGACGCUGCCGCACCACAUGGGCGGAUACUACGAGGUGGGCUACGGCGUGGGAGGCGCGCGGGAGGGCACGUUCGGGCUCGGCCCCACGGACAGGUUCACGCGCACUGACGCUGCCUCGCCGCAGCAAGUCAGCCAGGUCCCCGCAGCGUUACCGCCCGGCUAUGCGUACUUCUACCAACCCCCUCCCACGACGUACCAAUACGGAGUCUACCCCACGUACGGCGGCGGGUCUAACGUCGGCGGCGUCGGCGGCGUCGGAGGCGUGGGCUCCGUGUCCGGAGCCGUGUCCGGCGCCGGCAAGGUGUCCAGCUACUCGCAGCAGCAGCCGCCCUACGACCAGGACUCUUACAAACCUGGAGGCGGCUACAACGCGAGCGGCAACAAGGCGGCGGCGGGCGCGCCGCCCGAGCUGGCGUCCGCCAUGUACGCCAAGCCGCACGUCGCGCUCAACAAGGUCAACAGCUACGACAAGGCGGCGUUCCACAGCGGCACGCCGCCGCCCUUCGGCGCCGGCUCGCACCUCUACAUCCCCGCGCCGCACUCCGCGCACCAUCCCCACCACCACCAGCACCAGAUGGAUGUACGGGUGAACAGUAGUCAUAAUAGGCGGGAGAGCGGCGCGGCGCGCGCGGCGGCGGCCAAGCCGGCCGCCAGCAAGCCCAGCUACUCGCAGUCCUACUGGGCGCCCAACUAGCGCGCCCGCGCGACCGUGUCCCCGGGCACCUGUAAAUAGUCGCCACGUCGUGGGCGCUCCUCCAAACAAAACUGAUUAAUGUAAAAUACGCAAGGAAUUUGAAUGACCUAUGUUAAUAUUUCGUUCACACCGGCGCCGGCCUCAGGUCAUCGCCCGAUAGGAUAUUGUUUAAAUUUAACUGUAGAACUAUGUAUAUCUUAUCUUUGUAAUAUGUAUAUGUAUGUAAGCGUUUGGUACGCUAUGCGCGCCGAAUCUUUUUAUAUUUAGUUGACAGAGUUUUUGUAAUUACAUAUUAUAGUUGAAUAAACGUUCAGCGAUCUAUAAAGUAACGUAACUACCGUAGUCGAGGUCUUUUUUAUGUGAAAGAAUGCAAUGUGUUGAUCUCGCGGGCAUUUGAAAGUAUGAGGGAAUUACACGUAUUGGAACUUGA